GGCCGUGGAGGAAGGGGAGGGAGCAGCCGUGGCGGUGGCCGAGGUGGGGGAAUGAAGGGCGGGAGCAAGGUCGUCGUCCAGCCCCAUAGGCAUGACGGAGUUUUCGUGGCCAAGGGGAAGGAAGACGCUCUCUGUACUAAGAACAUGGUUUCUGGUGAAUCUGUUUAUGGCGAGAAGCGCGUUUCCGUUCAGAAUGAGGAUGGAACGAAAGUUGAAUACCGGGUGUGGAACCCCUUUCGCUCGAAGCUGGCAGCAGCCGUUCUUGGUGGUGUCGACAAUAUAUGGAUUGCUCCUGGGACUCGUGUACUGUACCUUGGUGCUGCAUCAGGGACCACAGUGUCUCAUGUAUCUGACAUUGUUGGACCAAUGGGAGUUGUGUAUGCUGUUGAAUUUUCACAUACAAGUGGUAGAGAUCUCAUGAAUAUGGCCAAGAAGCGAACUAAUGUGACUCCCAAUAGGCUGUUGGUUGGCAUGGUUGAUGUCAUCUUUUCAGAUGUUGCUCAGCCUGACCAGGCAAGAAUCUUGGCAUUGAAUGCUUCAUAUUUCUUGAAAAAUGGUGGCCAUUUUGUGAUCUCAAUUAAGGCGAACUGCAUCGACUCGACAGUGCCUGCUGAGGCUGUCGUUGCUCAAGAAGUGAAGAAGCUUCAGGCCGAGCAGUUCAAACCUUCAGAGCAAGUUACACUAGAACCGUUCGAGCAAGACCAUGCCUGUGUUGUUGGUGGCUAUCGGAUGCCGAAGAAGCAGAAAGUAGUGACAGAAAGCUGAGGAUGGAACUCAAAACUCCAUGUCAACCAAAAAACCCUAGAAUAUUGAUGUGUCCGGAUUAUUUUAUAUUUCUAGAGUAAAAGUUUCUUUUGUUCUCUUGCAUGGCAGCUCUGGGGAAAACAUAAUGUGAUCUUUCUUUCUAUUGCGUUGAUUAUGUUUCGGUAGCAUCACUUGGGUGGUAAUUUAGUGACCUGCAUUCUACUUGCCCAAUCAUUCAGAUUGAUGCAUUUGAAUUCUAGCCCCAUUUAUCUUCCA